AUGAAGCUGAUAAUUGUACGCAAUGCUAUCCUGGGUAUUAUUUGGAUUAAUAAACUUGUAAGCCAUGUAAUAGUACAUGUAAUGAAUGCAGUGGCCCUAGUAAUAAAGAAUGUAAAUCAUGUAAGCAAGACCGUUACUUAAAAACAGAUGAUAAUACUUGCUAGCCAUGUGAUUAAUCUUGCUUAGGAUGUAAAGGACCAAAAAAUAGUGAUUGCUAAAAUUGCAAAACUGGUUAUUCUUUUAAAGGAUAAAUAUGUAUCAAGUGUUUUGAUAUUUGUUAAAGAUGUACCGGAACAUAAUCUACAGAGUGUAUAGAAUGCUAUCUUGGCUAUUACAUAACUCCAGGGUAAAUUUUAAUGA